GCCACACUACAAUACCAACAAUCAAUUUUAAGAGAUCUGGCUCAACAGUCUUCUACAAACCCACUCACGUAUCCUCUUGUGGGUACUCUCAAUAGCUAUUUGAGCAUCCCACAGACACAACGCAUCCCUCAACUCCUCAGAUUUGUUUCAAGUCUCACUCCUCAGGAAUCCGCAGUGAUCCACGACCUCGUCGAAACGUACAAGGACUACAAAAAAUCGCAGUGA